AUGUCCAACCCAGAACCUCGCGCGGCACGCAACAAUCACCCGAAACUGCAACCCAGCGUCGAGCGGUACACAUUCGCCGCCAUCCGCUCAAACACCCCCGACCUCCCAAACCUGCGACGCCUCAUCGGCGCAUGCCCCGGCCGCCGAAACAUUCUUAGGCAACUGACCUUCAACUUCGACCUCCCUAUCUACCCCGAAGACUGCAUGCGCUUCUUCCAGCGGGACGAAGACGAGUACAAUAGCCUCCUCGCCAUCCGGCACGGGAUAAAAGCCCUCGUCGACGAACUCGCCUCGUGGUCCGACGACGCCGGUUCACUCGGUAUCCAUUUACUCCUCAGCGCCGAGUCCCCCAUAGGUCGCGACGCCGGAGGAACCAAGCCAUCGCCGUUGGAGGGUUUCGCGGUCGCUGGGCGUAUCCGGCGCAUAUCCUCUCGCUCCCUCCCCAAUCGAGCGUCCGGACCCUCGCCGAGCGGAUUACCUCCCUCUAUCCGGAAGUUGACGCUCACCCACGCGGACGUUUACGGAUCCUCGCCGCGCAAUUCCCGGGGUCUCAGGGGCCUCGAUGUAAGGUUCCACGGUAUGCAUCGACGCCUGAGCUGA